AUGCACGGCAGCCAGUUGCCCAGCCACCGCACCAACCGUGCAAUCUCAGUCUCAGUCGUCAAAUGCCCGAGCGUACGGCGCGUAGCGUUCCGCGCGCGCCUCAAAGAGCCAAUAGACCACCACAGACGGGGCCCUAAAGGGCUGAUGUUCAGCCGGGGUUGCAGGGUAAGCGCAAUGAGGUACCGCGACCUCGGCACAGAGCAGGAGAAGGAACAGGGGGGGGAAUCAAGUUCCGAGCCGGGGAGAUUUGAAAAAUUUUCCAUCGGGAUGUCUGGGAUGAUAACAAAGCUGUCAAAGGCUAGUCAGCCCCAGCCGCUACCCCUGGACAACAACCCCAUCCUCCAAUACUUCGAGGUGGGGGCGGAGAGUAGCACGGCUGGCCCUGGUCUAAUCUGGCGCAUCCACGAUGCGUACCGGAAAAGCGAUGGGAAGAGUCGAUCUCCGGCCACUGUAAGCGCGGGCGUGCCGACCAGAUCCAAACCCGACCGGAAGGCGCGUAGCGUUCCGCGCGCGCCUCAAAGAGCCAAUAGUGGUCUAUUACAGAUGGGGCCCUAUAGGGCUGUUGUUCAGCCAAGGUUGCGGGUUAAGCGCACUGAGUCAGCGCGGCCUCGGCCCAGAGCAGGAGAAGGAACGGGCGGGUUUUUAGUCAGUAAGAAUGACACUCUCUCUCGCCUUACCCUGGGCGGGAAAGGCCAUUUGACGAUUUUCCACUGCCAAAAAAAAUAG